CAGAGAGCCAAAAAAUUAUAAAAAUAAAAAUAAAAAAUAAAAAACCCCUCUCUCAAGAACAACCAACAAAGAGAGAAGAGAGAUACAUACCAAAUCUAUCUCUCUCCGAUCAGAUCGGGUUCCCUCUGUCUCAAUCCCAACAAUUUCGAUACUCUCAACGUUUCAAUUUUCAAUUUCAAUUCCCAAUUCACGUCAUCUCUCAAAAUUCCUUUUGAUUUUCAUUCGGAUUUGUUGCGAUUUGCGAUGGUGAUGAUUCGUGCCUUCAGAUUUUGAAUUUGCAGAUUUUGCUUCCUUUCUAGAUCGUUGUUUGUGGUUGUCCAAUGGCGUCGGCUCAGGUGCUGCCCAACUCCUCCGCCGCCGCCGCCGCUCCUUCGCGGAAGAAAGAGCAUCUGGAAGCUGGCAAACGACGGCUGGAGGAGUUUCGUAAAAAGAAAGCUGCAGAGCGGGCCAAAAAGCCUCCAUCCUCCAGCAGUGUUCACAAUUCUAAUGCUAGUACGAAUACAAAACAACCUUCUGAAGUUGAAAAUGUACGAGUUAAUGAGUCAGAUGGAGUUACCACAUCUGGUGGCAUUGGAGGAGCUGUUAUUGACACAUUAACACCGGGGAUAAAUAAUGAGAAGAAUCUCAGUUUGUUUCGCCAAAGUAGUGAUCAAGGGUCUUUGGCUGAUAGAACAAGUCCCACAAUGAAUGUUCUUAAUACAUCUUCUAUUAGUGUGGUGAAGGCACAUUCAGAUAUUGAUGAAGCUAGUAGAUAUAAUGCUCCUGCUUUUACUGCAUCUGCAGAUUUUAGUCAAAACAAUGAGUCAAAUAAAGUGAAUGAUAUAUAUGGUAUUCAUGCCGGUGGUCUUGGUGGAAUUCCACACGGGACAACAAACGACCAAAGCAUUCUUUUACACUCACAAGAAAGUCAAGAGUCUGAUAGCAAUACUAGUCAAUCUAGUCGUUAUGGGAUUAAUGAAAACCAGUCAUACAAGAGUAACAGUUCUGUGAAGGAUUAUGCUGUUAGUGAUCAUGGCUCUUCUCCUUAUUUUCCUUCGAAGAUGUUACCCCAGAAUCCUAUUGAUACAGUACUGCAAACCGAGCCAACAAAUUCUAGCACUUCAGAUAGUGGCUACCCACAUGGUUCACUUUCCGGAGGCUUUGGUGAUUUUUUCAAUUCUAAGUUUAGAGAGACCAUUACUAGCUCUGAUAGCAAUUUGCCUAGUCUUCAUGCUGCAACUAUUCCAAAACUUGAUUCCCUAGGUUAUGAAGCAAGGAAUUCCACUAACCAUACACCAACACAUUCAGCGUCAAUGGAAUCUAGCUCUAGGAGGUCACGCCCAUCUUUCCUUGAUUCUCUAAAUGUCACUAAACCUUCAUCAGGGUCUCCAUUUCCUCAACCGUUGCAAGAUUCCUCUAUGUACAAUAAUUUAGAAUCAAGAAGCAAUUACCUACCAGGAUCUAAUUAUUUCCAUAAGCCAUCUGAAGAGACUAAAAUUGUGGGACAUCUCUCAGAUUUGACAACUUCAAGUCCAUUUGAGCACUUGACAGACCCUUCAGUUCUUAAUAGUAACAGUCAAGACACAUUAAUGACAAAUGCUAGGGAAAAUGGCAUGGAGAAGAAGCAUGACUAUUACUCACCUUCACAAAAUGAAGACUUUGCUGCUUUAGAACAGCAUAUUGAAGACCUAACACAAGAAAAGUUUUCUUUGCAACGUGCUCUUGAGGCUUCUCGAGCGUUAGCGGAGUCUCUAGCUACUGAGAAUUCAUCUUUGACUGAUAAUUAUAAUCAACAGAGAAGUGUCGUCAAUCAAUUAAAAGCAGACAUGGAGGUGUUGCAGGAAGAUAUCAAAACACACCUGGAUCAGUUUGAGUCUAUCAGGAGCGAAUAUGCUAAUGCGCAACUAGAGUGUAAUGCAGCCGAUGAGCGUGCUAAGUUAUUGGCAUCUGAAGUUAUUGGUUUAGAGGAGAAGGCACUCAGAUUACGAUCUAGUGAGCUAAAGCUUGAGAAGCAGUUGGAAAAUGCACAAGCAGAACUUUCUUCAUACAGAAAGAAAAUGUCUACCCUAGACAAAGAGCGCCGUGAUUUGCAGUCAACUAUUGAUGCUCUUCAAGAGGAAAAGAAGGUGUUGCUGUCUAAGCUGCGAAAGGCUUCAGGAAUCGGAAAGUCUAUUGAGAGUCAAACAAGUAAAAGGGAUGUUUCUACAUCUACAGAGGAUAUAGCAAGUGAAGAUCCUGCUUUAAACACUUCAGGCUCAGGAAUCAAUGAUAAUGCUGAACCCUCUAGCUCCUUGGUGGCUGAAACUCGACACUCAUCUUUUGGAGUUUCUCCCGUGAAUAUUCCUCAUGAUCAGAUGAGAAUGAUUGAAAACAUUAAUGCACUAAUAUCUGAGCUGGCAUCGGAGAAAGAAGAAUUGGUGAAAGCCUUGGCAUCUGAAUCAUCUGAGUGUUCGAGGAUGAAGGAGAUAAACAGGGAGUUGUCCCGAAAACUUGAGGUUCAGACACAAAGAUUAGAGCUCUUGACUGCUCAAAACAUGGUUACUGAAAAUAUUUCAGCAAAAGAACCAGAUUCUCGUGUUAUGUAUGAAAAUACCCCAUAUGCAGAUGAGGGUGACGAGGUGGUGGAAAGGGUGUUGGGUUGGAUUAUGAAGCUGUUUCCUGGUGGGCCUUCAAAACGAAGAACCAGCAAGCUUCUAUGAUUGGAUUGCAUUGAUAUGUAAUUGUUUUAAUCUAAGUGUAGACAGUUAUUGGAAUGGAUUAUGAAGCUGUUUCCCAGUUUGCCACCAAGGUAAAGAACCAGCACAUGUCAACCCAGAUCCAUGCGUAACAAGUCUACAGUCUACGGAGUUGCCUUUUGUUCUUUACCUCCUCGACACAGUGGAGGCCGUGAUCUGUAUAUUUUGAGUGAAUUAUACACAAAUUCUUGAAAAGAGAGGAUCUUCUUUUGAGAGCUGCUCAUUGAUUGGUGAAUCCUGCUGCAAUUAUUUUUGAAGAUCGCAAUAAAAUCUGUUCUGCAGUUUUUAUCUGUUGAUUGAAUUCCAAAUUUUGUGCCGAUAGUAGUUGGAUAAUGGAUAUGAAGGAGACUGUACCAAGGAGACUCGUGAGAGAGACGGGACCAAGAAAAGCAUGAGGAUGUGGGAAUACUUGUUAAAUGUAUAUGCAAGGUACAAGUGCAAUCAUGAAAUAUAUAUUUUAUUGUGUUUUUCAGGCUCUACAUACACCACUUAUGAACAUUAGAUUCCCCAAGUUAGCAGCAUAAUGCAACUAAAUUUACCAGUUAUUUGAAA